CGAUCUUCCGACCACAGCAUCCUCAUGACGCCAACAACGAUGCGCGCGCUCGUCUACAGUGCGUAUGGCCCCGCCUCGUCGGUCCUUAGCCUCAAGGAAAUCGCUGUGCCAUCGCUCCAGCCUGGCCACGUCCUUGUCAAAAUCGGUGCCUUUGGUCUCAACGCGGCCGACAAGAUCCUCCUCGCCGGCACGCCAUUUCCGGUGCGCUUGGCACUCGGUGGCAUUUUCCGGCCCCGCGCCGACUCGGUGCUUGGCGCUGACUUUGCCGGCACGAUUGAAGCGCUGGGCGACGGCGUCACCUCGUACAAGGUUGGCGACGAAGUGUACGGCGAGGUGAACUUUGCGACGGGCGCCGGCGCGUUCGCCGAGUACGUGUGCGUCCCCGCCGACAGCGCGAUGGCCCUCAAGCCCAAGCGUCUCUCGUUCGCCCAAGCCGCGGCGAUGCCGAUCUCGGGUCAAACGGCCCUUCUCGGUCUCCGCGAUGGGCUCCAGCUUCAGGCCGGCCAGCGCAUCCUCAUCAAUGGCGCGUCCGGGGGUGUCGGUACCUUUGCCGUGCAGAUUGCCAAGGCGCUGGGAGGUCAUGUGACGGCGGUGUGCAGCACAGGCAACGUGGCCAUGGUGCGCGAGCUCGGUGCGGACGACGUCAUCGACUACACCAUCGACGACUUUGUGGCGAAAACGACAGUGCCGUACGACGCGAUCUUUGACGUCAUGGGCAACCGCUCGAUGCGAGACUUUCGGCGCCUCUUGGUGCCGCGCGGCACGUACUUGGCCGUGGGCGGCGACCCCGCAACGUUCUUCUCGCGUACGCUGUGCCUCCUCGCGUCCAAGGUAAUCGCGUCGCAGUCGCUGCGGCUGUGCAUCUCGGCACCGUCCCAUGCGCUGCUGACAGACCUGGCGCAACUCGUCGACCAAGGGCUCGUGACGCCGUGCGUUGAGAAGGAGUACGACCUGUCGGACGGCGUCGCGGCCAUUGUCGAAGCCCACGAGAAACACGCAAAAGGCAAACGUGUUGUGAAGAUUACCCCGAUUUCCUAAGCGCUCAACACAAGAAUGCAUUCAUUAUAUUGAAUAUUGAUAGUACUACCCUUCUCCCAAUGAGUCGUC